UUUUCCAUUUCCAAAACUGACCCUAGGGUUUUUUCCUUCCCUCGCUCUUGCGCUCUCUACUAAUUUCCUCUUCCCUCAGGCGCAUUCCAGCUUCCUCCGACGCGACCUGGUCCUCCGCCGCUCCCCCGUCGUCGAUCGCUUCCGCCUCCGCCUCCGCCUCCGCCGCCGCGCUCGGACGAUGGACGGCGCCCAGAAAGGCCCGUCGUCGCUGAUCAAGCAGCUCGCGUCCUGCAAGCAGUCGACCCGCGACCGCUCGCUCCGCGUCCUCCUCAAGACGUGGCUGCCCGCGCAGCCGGGCCUCUCCGAGGAGGCCAUGCGGAAGCUCUGGAAGGGCCUCUUCUACUGCGUCUGGCACGCCGACAAGGCCCCCUACCAGACCCACCUGGCGGACCGCCUCUCCUCCCUCCUCCUCUCCCUCGACUUGCCCCUCUCCGUCCACUACUUCUCCGCCUUCGUCCUCACCAUGCGCCGCGAGUGGGUCGGCAUCGACGCGCUCCGCCUCGACAAGUUCUACGUCCUGAUCCGCAGGUUCUUGAGCUCCUCCUUCGCCCUCAUGAGGAAGUACUCGUGGGAUUCGGGGCUCGUGGGGAGGUUGGUGGGGGUCUUGGAAGAGAGGGCUUUUCUUGCCGACGAUAAGCUCCAGGGCAAUGGCGUUAAUUACCAUAUUGCCACCGUGUAUCUCGAAGAGCUCAGGCCUUUUCUGCCUGCCAAAGCGGAGACCCUGGAGGUUUUGCUCAAUCCCUUCUUGAAUGUGAUGGGCAGGUCGUCGGAUAAAGUGUUGCUCGGUAAGAUCAAGGCUAAUGUGUUUGAUGUGUUGCUCAGGAUGGGGAAGGGUCUGUUGGAUGCGAAGAAGUCGGGGGUUGAGAUUGAUUUGGGUGAUGAUUUAGUUGUUUAUGGGACCAUAGCCUUGAAUAUGAGAUUUGCGAGUAAAUUCUUCGAAUUGGGAUCUUCAGCUGAGUGCAAUCAGGGGAACAGGAAGCUGCUGUUUGGCUUGCACGAGGAGUUCUUGAAGUUGGAGAAGGAUUUGGCUUCUUCGGAGUUCGAGAUUCCCAUUCCUUAUAUUUGUGCCAAUGACGACCAUGAGGAAGUGCCUGACUUGAUUCCCAUUGGUAGCGAGACUAAAAUGGAUGAUGCUGAUUCAGGUUUUCAAGAGAACGUUACGAAUGGAGUUAAGAUUACCAAGAAGCAAAAGAAAGCUAAGAAGGCUCUUGGUGGCAUGGAGGCAGAAGCAAAGAAGAAGAAGAAGAAGAAUAAAAAGAAUAAGAAGGAUGUGAAUCUUGAUAAUAGCACUUUUGAUGUGGAGAAUGCUAAUCCUGGCUAUUUGAUGUCGGAGUUCACGACGGAUGAACUUAACAGUAAUGGAAACAUGAUCUUCGAUGAAUCUAUGAUGUCUAACCUCCAAAUGGAAUUUGAGAGGGUCGCCGCUGCAGAGGGUCUAAGAAUAGAUGUUCCUACUGACUGGGAUGCAGAAAAGGCCGCAGUAAAUGGUGAUAGCUCCAAAAAGAGAAAGAGAGAGAAGACUAGAGAUAGGCAGCGAUCUCUCAAAUGUGAAAUGACUGAGAGAGGAGAUGAUGGAGAUGCACCCUCUGCAAAGAGCGGGGACACGAGUGUUAAGCGAGUCAGAUUUGCGAUGAAGAACAACUUGGUGUGGAAGCCUCACACUCCCUUACCUCCGCAAGAUCUAAGGUUGCCACCUUCUGCUACUCCUAGAGGAAGUGCACUCAAGAAGGGGCUGUCUCCUGGGCCCAUCAUGGAGAUGCCCCCCUUGGGGAAAAAAGCAAGACAGCGAGCGAGAACUGUAAAGAAGGUCCGAAAGACGAUAAAGAGCAUUUCACCUGCUGUCAAACGUCUGAAGAAGUUGAAGGCGCUAUCUCCCUAGUGGGUUUAACUUUGUAAGAUCAAGUUUUAGGAAACACAGAUUCAGUUUUAAUUGUUGAUGUUGGAUUGUUGUCCUUGGACUCUCGGGGAUAUCUACCUGGUUGGUUUAAUUUUGUAUGAUCAGGUUUUAGGGAACACAGAUUCAGUUUUAAUGCUUGAUGUUUGAAUGUUGGCCUUGGACUUGACUUUCCCAACCAUCUCUUACUUCAUUGCCUUAUUUGUGCUGGAAUUCUUGAA